AUGCCCCCCACAUAUAAAUUGUCGGUUCCCUUUGUGAACCCCUAUCCUCCCAAGCGCAGCAUACGAUUCCAUUAGUGAGAGAGAGGAGAGAAACCUUAAAAGUACUCAAUAAUGGUGAAAUUCUUGAAGCCUGGAAAAGCUGUGAUUGUCCUUCAAGGUCGCUAUGCCGGAAGGAAGGCCGUGAUUGUACGCAACUUUGACGAUGGAACUCGCGAGCGUCCAUAUGGUCAUUGUCUCGUAGCCGGAAUCAAUAAAUACCCGAAGAAGGUCAUCCGCAAGGAUUCAGCGAAGAAACAAGCGAAGAAAUCGCGCGUGAAAUGCUUCAUCAAGGUUGUGAAUUACAAUCACAUCAUGCCAACUCGUUACACUCUAGAUGUUGAUUUGAAGGACGUUGUUUCUGCUGAUGUUCUUCAAUCUAAGGACAAGAAGGUCACUGCUGCUAAAGAGACUAAGGUUAGAUUUGAGGAGAGGUUUAAGACUGGAAAGAAUCGUUGGUUUUUCUCGAAGUUAAGGUUUUAGAUUUAAAUUGAUAGAGGAAGAAAUUAAAUAUUGUGUUCCAUGUUUUGUGUUAUUGCUUUCUGUUGCAUUUGUUAUGGAUUGUGGUUUCUAGAUCCUCUGGUCUAAUUUUGGUUAUAUUGAAGUGUUUUUGGUAUGAAACUAUGAGAUCUUAGACAUUUUUUUAGAUUAAGUGGAAAUGUUUGUUAUAUCAUUG